CAGCGGGCGGGCGGGCCCGCCGGCGGGCCGGGAGCGGGUGCGCUGUGCGGGCGGCUGCCGCCAUGCCCAUGUACAAGGUGAGGCCCUUCCACAGGGUCGGCGGGGAGGUGCUGGCGGAGCAGCUGCCCACCUGCAUGUACCGCCUGCCCAACCUCCACCGCCUCCCCUCGACCGCCGCGUCGCCGCCGCCGCCGCCGCUGCCGCAGGAAGAGGUUGACCCGUCACUUCAAGCACUUGAAUCCCGCCAGGAGGAGAUUCUAAAACGCUUGUAUGAACUGAAGAGUGCUGUCGAUGGUCUCUCAAAGAUGAUACAAACCCCAGAUGCUGACUUUGAUGUAACUAAUAUCAUUCAAACUGAUGAAUGUUCUCCUUUGACAACAAAUGGAGCAGAUUUAGAUUUGAUGCUUGGAAAGGAUUAUGGUGCCCUGAAAGAUAUUGUAAUCAACGCAAAUCCUUCUCUACCUCCGCUGUCAUUAUUAGUACUACACAGCCUGCUUUGUGAACGCUAUAAAAUAUUAUCAGCUGUUCACACACAUUCAUCAGUGAAAAGCGUGCCAGAAAACCUCUUGAAAUGCUUCGGAGAGCAGACUAAGAAGCAACCACGUCACGAAUAUCAGUUGGGCUUUACUCUUAUUUGGAAGGAUGUUCCAAAACCCCAGAUGAAGUUUAGCAUUCAAACAAUGUGCCCUAUUGAAGGAGAGGGGAACAUCGCUAGAUUUCUCUUUUCCCUGUUUGGCCAGAAGUACAAUGCAGUUACUUCAACUCUGAUUGACAGCUGGGUUGAUACAGCCAUCUUCCAGCUAAAAGAAGGUAGCAGUAAGGAAAAAGGAGCAGUCUUGCGCUCUAUGAAUGCUGCCCUAGGCAAGACACCGUGGUUGGUGGGAAAUGAACUCACCGUAGCAGACAUUGUUGCGUGGUGUGCACUUCAGCAGACAGGUAGCGCAAAUGCCGCCCCAGCCAACGUUCAAAAAUGGAUGAAGUCGUGUGAGAACUUGGCACCUUUCACUUCUGUUAUGAAGCUACUAAAAUAAGCCUGUACUCUUCAUAAUGGUGUUAUUUUAAUCUUACUCCACCUCAUGCCUGCUGUAGUGGUUUGAGUCCUUUCUGAGAUGUAUUCAAAGUACUACAGUUGGACAGAAUUCUCAAGUCAAUAAAAACAUGACAACUA